AAUCAAAAGUUAACAUUAACGCAAACAUUGUUUGCGUUUGAUAUAAUAUAUAAUGAUCUGUUUCUUUGUUUGGCAUUUGCAAAAUUAACGUAUUCCAUAUCUCUUUUAACGAUGUAUCGUUUUGUAUCAUUGUAUCGAUAGUUUUACUAGUCGUUCCUUUGUGUUGCGUGUGACGUCACAGUACAAUAUUCAAGGUUUCUGCCGCUGUUGCUGCGUAAUCUUCCAAGUGCCAUUGCUCUUGUGUGGCACCUGAGGAAUCAGCUGUUUGCAUGUAAACAACAUUCAUUGACUUCUUGGUGGUUGUUGCGCAGAAUUGUUAAUCAGACCAGAUUGGCAAGAUUGCUAUCACGUAAUCGAACACAAAAUGUGCACGCUUCACAUCGAGGAGGAGACACAUUUGGCUGCCAUGGCCAGCAGCAUCAGCCGAACGCGAACGCCUAGCCCAAUGCAGCUGCUAAGGGCAAACGAUGGAGAGCUUACAUUAUUUGACAUUAGUUGGGACGAUGUGCUCAUACCAAAAAUGUGCACCUACCUGUCAGUCAAGGACCUCUUCAAUUUGCGAAGCUGUUCGCGCACAGCAUUGCGCCUGGCGGAGGCAGCUUUGGAAAAACAUCAGGAGCUGCAUUUGUCGGGCAACAAUACACACAAUAUUGAGCUGGGUUUUAAGGUCCUGGCGCGUUGCUGUCGUCGCUUGGAACAACUGCAUUUGGCCAGGUGCAAAUGGCUAACAGAUGAGCUGCUUCUGCCGCUGCUGGAGAACAACAAACAGCGACUAUCCGCCGUCAAUCUGAACGAAUGCGUCAACAUAACGGCACUGUCGCUGCAACCCAUCAUUGUGCAGUGCAAGGAGCUGCGCAUUUUAAAGCUCUCCAAAUGCCAGUGGCUAACCACAGGUGCUGUCGAUGCUCUGACGCUGCACCAAAGCAAACUGGUGGAAUUUGAUAUCUCAUAUUGCGGCGCCAUUGGCGAACGCUGUCUGAUUAUCUUCUUUCGCAAGCUCAACAAACUGACCGUCCUGUCGCUGGCCAACACGCCCAGCGUUACGGAUCAGGUGCUCAUACAGAUUGGCAACUUCUGUCGCGAGCUGGAGCACAUUAAUCUGAUUGGCUGUGCCGCCAUCUCCGAUUAUGGUGUCCAUGCCCUGACCAAGAGCUGCCCACUGCUGCAGUCCCUGAUGGUGCAACGUUGUCCAUUGGUCACUGAGCGCGUGCUGGCGCCCCUGCGCGGACGCAUGCACAUCGAUCGGCCGAGCAUGGGCUACAAUCUGCCCGCACUGCAGCAUCGCUUGUACCUGCAGGUAUGAAACAACUGAAUAACCCAUGGGUCUAUUGAGGCUAUCGUCAGACGAGCGACAUCUUUGUAAAUAUGGACGUAGUUUAUUACAAUUGUUUAGCUUAAGCUUACAGUUGUUAAUAUUAAUUUAAGCUAUACAAGUACAAUAUAGAAACUAAUAUAUUCUGGCUAAAAGGAAAGAAAGAAA